AUGGACUGGGUGAAUGGGCGUGUGGAAGGAGGACUGCUGGAUUCCGGAGAGCUGACGGACGAAGCCGCGCUAAUCGGAGGGCGACUGGCCCUAACGCAGGGAAUCCCGCACUCGGAGAAGGCACUGAUAGCCCCGGGCGGCCUUCUCCCCUCGCAACCAACUCGGGGAUCAAGCCCAUCUGCCCGGCUCGCGCGAAGGCUCCGCAAAGUUCCCAGUGACACCUCAGUCCUCUACGCGGGGGCGCGGGGCUCUGAGAGCUGGCUCCGGGGUGCUGGCGGCGGCAAGAAGGCCGCUGGGAAGCCUGGGUCCCUGGUCACCGGGGGUUUCCCCGACUUCCUGUACCCUCGCCCAGUCCCCUUCGGGCAGCCAGAAGGUGCCCCUGCCUGCGCCCGGCUGCCACCUGAUCGGUGUGGACGCGGUGCUCCCUCGGCCACAGCCCCGUGUGUGCAUGUGCGUGUGCGUGCGUGUGGACUGGGACUCGGAGGUUCCACUGCUUCCUGUGCCCUUUCCCCCUGUAGGGUGAAGCUCUGGGCCUCGGCUUUUGGCGGGGAGAUAAAAUCCAUCGCGGCCAAGUACUCGGGCUCCCAGCUUCUGCAAAAGAAAUACAAAGAGUAUGAGAAGGACGUCGCCAUAGAAGAGAUCGACGGCCUCCAGCUGGUGAAGAAGCUGGCGAAGAACAUGGAGGAGAUGUUCCACAAGAAGUCCGAGGCUGUGCGGCGUCUCGUGGAGGCUGCAGAGGAAGCACACCUGAAGCACGAGUUUGACGCGGACUUACAGUAUGAAUACUUCAACGCUGUGCUGAUAAAUGAAAGAGACAAGGACGGGAAUUUUUUGGAGCUGGGGAAGGAAUUCAUCUUAGCCCCCAAUGACCACUUUAAUAAUUUGCCUGUGAACAUCAGUCUGAGCGACGUGCAAGUGCCGACCAACAUGUACAACAAAGACCCUGCAAUUGUCAAUGGGGUUUAUUGGUCUGAGUCCCUAAACAAAGUAUUUGUAGAUAACUUUGACCGUGACCCGUCUCUCAUAUGGCAGUACUUUGGAAGUGCAAAGGGAUUUUUUAGGCAGUACCCAGGGAUUAAAUGGGAGCCAGAUGAAAAUGGAGUCAUUGCCUUUGACUGCAGGAACCGGAAAUGGUACAUCCAGGCAGCAACUUCUCCAAAAGACGUGGUCAUUUUGGUGGACGUCAGUGGCAGCAUGAAAGGUCUCCGUCUGACGAUUGCAAAGCAGACGGUCUCAUCGAUUUUGGAUACCCUGGGGGAUGACGACUUCUUCAAUAUCAUUGCUUAUAAUGAGGAGCUUCACUACGUGGAACCAUGCCUGAAUGGGACGUUGGUACAAGCUGACAGGACAAACAAGGAGCACUUCAGGGAGCACCUGGACAAACUUUUUGCCAAAGGCAUCGGCAUGCUGGACAUAGCCCUGAAUGAGGCCUUCAACAUCCUCAGCGACUUCAACCACACAGGGCAAGGAAGUAUUUGCAGCCAGGCCAUCAUGCUCAUCACUGAUGGGGCGGUGGACACCUAUGAUACGAUCUUUGCGAAAUACAAUUGGCCAGAACGAAAGGUUCGCAUCUUCACGUACCUCAUUGGACGGGAGGCUGCUUUUGCAGACAACCUCAAGUGGAUGGCCUGUGCCAACAAAGGAUUUUUCACCCAGAUCUCCACCCUGGCUGAUGUGCAGGAAAAUGUCAUGGAAUACCUCCAUGUGCUCAGUCGGCCGAAGGUCAUCGACCAGGAGCAUGACGUGGUGUGGACGGAAGCCUACAUUGACAGCACUCUCCCUCAGGCACAAAAGCUCACUGAUGACCAGGGCCUCGUUCUGAUGACCACAGUUGCCAUGCCUGUAUUUAGCAAGCAGAAUGAAACCAGAUCGAAGGGCAUUCUUCUGGGCGUGGUAGGCACAGAUGUGCCCGUGAAAGAACUUCUGAAGACCAUCCCCAAAUACAAGUUAGGGAUUCACGGUUAUGCCUUUGCAAUCACGAAUAAUGGAUAUAUCCUGACGCACCCUGAACUCAGGCCACUGUAUGAAGAAGGAAAAAAGCGAAGGAAACCCAACUACAGUAGCGUUGACCUUUCUGAGGUGGAGUGGGAAGACCGAGAUGAUGUGUUAAGAAACGCCAUGGUGAAUCGAAAGACAGGGAAGUUUUCCAUGGAGGUGAAGAAGACCGUGGACAAAGGGAAACGGGUUUUGGUGAUGACAAAUGACUACUAUUAUACAGACAUCAAGGGUACUCCUUUCAGCUUAGGCGUGGCGCUCUCCAGGGGCCAUGGGAAGUAUUUCUUCCGAGGGAACGUGACCAUCGAAGAAGGCCUGCAUGACUUAGAACACCCCGACGUGUCUCUGGCAGAUGAAUGGUCCUACUGCAACACUGACCUACACCCCGAGCACCGUCAUCUGUCCCAGCUAGAUGCCAUUAAGCUCUACCUCAGAGGCAAAGAACCUCUGCUGCAAUGUGAUAAGGAAUUGAUCCAGGAAGUCCUUUUCGACGCUGUGGUGAGCGCCCCCAUCGAAGCGUAUUGGACCAGCCUGGCCCUCAACAAAUCCGAGAAUUCUGACAAGGGCGUGGAGGUCGCCUUCCUCGGCACUCGCACGGGCCUCUCCAGAAUCAACCUGUUUGUUGGGGCCGAGCAGCUCACCAAUCAGGACUUCCUGAAAGCUGGGGACAAGGAGAACAUUUUCAAUGCAGACCAUUUCCCUCUCUGGUACCGAAGAGCUGCUGAGCAGAUCCCAGGGAGCUUCGUCUACUCCAUCCCGUUCAGCACAGGAACGGUCAACAAAAGCAACGUGGUGACUGCGAGUACCUCCAUCCAGCUUCUGGAUGAACGGAAGUCGCCCGUGGUAGCAGCUGUAGGCAUUCAGAUGAAACUUGAAUUUUUCCAAAGGAAGUUCUGGACUGCCAGCAGACAGUGUGCUUCUCUGGAUGGCAAAUGCUCCAUCAGCUGUGAUGACGAGACUGUGAACUGUUACCUCAUAGACAAUAAUGGAUUUAUUCUGGUGUCAGAAGACUAUACACAGACGGGAGACUUUUUCGGUGAGGUCGAGGGAGCUGUGAUGAACAAAUUGUUAACAAUGGGCUCCUUUAAAAGGAUCACACUUUACGACUACCAGGCCAUGUGCAGAGCCAACAAGGAGAGCAGCGAUGGCGCCCACCGUCUCCUGGACCCUUACAAUGCCUUCCUCUCUGCUGUAAAAUGGAUAAUGACAGAACUUGUCUUGUUCCUGGUGGAAUUUAACCUCUGCAGUUGGUGGCACUCCGAUAUGACAGCUAAAGCCCAGAAAUUGAAACAGACCCUCGAGCCUUGUGAUACUGAAUAUCCUGCAUUUGUCUCUGAGCGCACAAUCAAGGAGACCACAGGGAACAUUGCUUGUGAAGACUGCUCCAAGUCCUUUGUCAUCCAGCAGAUCCCAAGCAGCAACCUGUUCAUGGUGGUGGUGGACAGCAGCUGCCUCUGUGAGUCCGUGGCCCCCAUCACCAUGGCACCCAUUGAAAUCAGGUAUAAUGAAUCCCUUAAGUGCGAACGUUUAAAGGCCCAGAAGAUCAGAAGGCGUCCGGAGUCUUGUCAUGGCUUCCAUCCUGAGGAGAAUGCGAGAGAGUGUGGGGGUGCACCGAGUCUCCAGGCCAAGGCGAUCCUGAUCCUGCUUCCCCUGCUUCUGAUGUACUUCUCGAGGUGACACUGACGGAGCUGUUCUCUUGGCAUGCUAAAUCAUGGAUAAACUGUGAACCGAAAUCUGGUGCGACAUAGGGGACCUGACAUAUAGCCCAGCCAUCAGCAUCUCAUGAUUUUAAACUGUGCGUGAUAUAGACUCGUAAAGAUAGGUCGACAAAAACAGUUCCCUUUUUACUUUGCCGGUCAUGCCGAUGUGAGUUUGCCUCAUGAUAAUCACCCCUCAUCAGAAACGGGACUGCAGAUGGUAGGCAGUGUCCCUUCUGCUUGAACCCCAUU